AUCUACAGUUUCAUUUUUCUAUGUUAAAAGUAAAAGUAAUGUGAUACCUUUGUGUACAUUACAAUUCGUGGCUCCAUAUAUAUAAAUGUCAUAUAUAUAUAGAUAAUAAUCUAUAUUUUUUAUUUGAUUAGAGUAUUCUACUCUAUAAGAAUGCUCUUUGUAUCGAUAACAAUGAGUACUGACCAUUCACUUACUAAUAGUUUGGACAUAAAUACGAAACUUCAUUAAAAAGUAUCAUGAUAUUCCACAAAUUACAAUAAAUUGUUAUAACAGAUGGUAUAUUUAAUUUAAAAGUCAAAUUGUUUACAGUUAAUUGAAGAACGUCAGAUAAAUUAAAAUAAGAAUACCAUGUUCAUUGGAUCAUUUACUGUGUUUAUAAAUUUCAUUAUAUUGAGUUUUGCUGAUAAAAAUGUUAAUUUGGGAACUGUUAUUUUCGCAAAUGUCCUUUAUAGGCAUGGUGAUAGAACUCCUAUUGAACCAUACCCAACAGAUCCAUAUAAGAAUGAGUCAUUAUGGCCAGUACCUUAUGGACAGCUAACAAAUCUGGGGAAAAGUCAACACUUUUACAUGGGCCAGUGGCUUAGGAACAGGUACUCUCAUCUUUUAAGUGACUUGUACAGUCCGUAUGACAUUUAUAUCCACAGUACAGAUGUAGAUCGUACUUUAAUGUCAGCUGAAACAAAUUUAGCUGGUUUAUAUCCACCUAAAGGAAAUCAAAUAUGGAAUGCUAUCCAUUGGAUUCCUAUUCCAAUACAUACUAUACCAGAAUCAGAAGAUAAUGUUUUAUCAGGAAAAAAAUACUGCCAAAGAUAUAAUUUUGAAUUGGAUAAAGUAUUAGAAUCUCCAGAAAUAAAAAAAAUAAAUCAAGACAAUAAGCAUUUGUAUGAUUAUUUGACAGAGAAAACAGGAAUGAAUGUUACAUCUUUAAAAGAUGUUAAUCAUAUAUAUGAUACAUUGUACAUUGAAGAUUUAUAUAAUAAAACUUUACCUGAAUGGACAAAAACUGUAUUCCCGGAUAAAUUAAAACCACUUGCUGCAAAAAGUUUUACAAUAAGUGCAUACAAUAAAAUAUUACAAAAAUUGAAGAUAGGUUUAUUGUUUGGAGAGAUAAUAGAUCACAUGGAAAAAAAAUCUAGAAAUGCUUUGGUACCUGAUAGAAAAGUUUGGAUGUAUAGUGCACAUGAUGAAACAGUGGCAAAUAUGUUAAUGACUUUAGAUUUAUUUGAUCCGCAUUGCCCUCCAUACAUAGCCACAAUUUUAAUAGAAUUAAGAGUAAAUUCUAAAAAAGAAUACUUUGUCACGAUUUCAUACAAAAAUACUACAGAAGAACCAAAUCUAUUAACUCUUCCUGGUUGCAUUACUUUAUGUCCCUUGAAUAAAUUUAUUAAAUUAACCAAAGAUUUUAUACCAGAAGAUUGGCACAAAGAGUGCAUGAUAAAACAGGAAAAUGAUGAAUAUGAUAUGAAUACAAAGACUCUUGUUGCAAUAUGGAGAACAUCAAUAAUGAUGCUUGUUUUUAUAGUUUCGUUAGUAACUGUACUUACUUACCGGCACUAUAAACGUGAGCAAAAUCAGUAUUAUCUCAAAUUAGUAACAGAUCCUAUAUAAGAAUAUACAUAAUGAUUGCAAUUACAAUAUAAUACAGAAUAUUUGCUAUCAUCGGAGUGAAAAAUGGCCAUAGAAAUGUAUUAUUGAUGUUUCGAUAAAGAUAGUAAAGUUUUUUUUAAUGCAAUUAUUUUAUUAUAUAUGAAGAUAACAACAAAAAUUUUAUUUCUAUAAUAGAUAAAAUAUUACACAAUAAUAUGUGUAAUAAACUUUGUAUUAAUCACUUCUAAUAUCUUUGUCUGUACUUUGUA